AUCGGAAGACUAGUGAACCCAGAUUGCAGGCAGUACUACUAGAUAUGUUCUUCGCACAUGAUCGUUGCUUCUAUCGCGCCAUGUCCUGAACUUUAUACGUCCUAGUGAUAGCUGGCCUUCGCUUCCGCCUAUUCACAACCUCCCGCACCAGUGCGUACUGAGCUGGUUCACUCCCCCGUCGUAUUUGCACUUACCGUGAUAGUUGGCCUAUCAAGACCACCGUCAAUCAGGACCAUCGACUCCAUUAUGGCAACUGUGUGAGUCCUCAGAUUGUGCUUGUAGCCCUAUGCAUCUUGCGUUCAUCAGUACCUUGCUGAUUGCGAAAGCCAUCGACCAUACUACCAGACGAGACGCCCCUGCGCCCUUCAACAAUUCACGCGCCGAUAUCAUCGUGCGGUCCUGCGAUAGAGUCGACUAUCGGGUGCGCAGCAGUAUACUGGCGGAGGCGUCCUCCGUCUUCGAGGAUAUGUUCGACAUCGCCAGAGAAGCUCCCGUCGAACAAUGCCCCAGGAGGGACGGUAUCCCUGUCGUACCUGUCACGGAGACGAGCGAGGUCGUGGAUCUUCUCCUCCGCCUCUGCUACCCUGUUGCCGCUCCCGUGUUUACGACGUUCUCGCAAGUCAGGGACGUCUUGACGGCUGUGGACAAGUAUCUCAUGGAGGGCCUGACAGAGACGAUGAAGAAACAUCUCACCGAUUUCACGCUCGAUGGCGCACAUCCACUGCUUGUCUACGUUACAGCAUACGCCCAUCACUUCGAAGACGUCGCACGUAUUGCUGCGCAGCGCGCCGUUGGACAACCCUUACAGGACGUCUACUUCACCGAGCUGGAGGAGUUGACGGCGGGCGCAUACUAUCGGCUCCUCCAGUUCCAUAACGCAGGGGACCCAGAGGCGCUCCCUUCGUUGCCCUUCCUCUAUGCCGAACUACCUCAGGCUUCGGCGCGGACACCGUUGAAGUCGUACGACAGAAAGGAGUGGGAGGCCAAGUACGCGGAGUCUCCGUAUCCUUUCGGACUGCCGUCUGCCGAUCUCACGCUGCGCGCCCGCGACGGCGUCGAGUUCAAAGUGCAUUCUGACCUCCUGCGGGUUGCGUCGCCUUACUUCCUACUGACGCUGACCAGCGGCUCCCAGUCGAUCAAUGGCUGCGAGAGGAGUGCAGACGGACGUGUAGUCGGCCUCACACUACCCGAACACAGCCGUACGAUCGCUGCCAUCUUGCAGUACAUCUAUCCCGUCGCACGUCCCGAUGCGUUGCCAGACCCUCAAACGGCGUCUCUCUUACUCCAAGCUGCAAAAAAAUACGAGCUCGUGGCCGCUAUCGAGCCGCUGCAGACACUAUUUUUGGCAUUCGCGGAAACAAGGCCAUUGAUGGUGUAUGCCAUCGCCUGCGCACAUCACUGGGUGCGCGAGGCGAGACAUGCCGCACUAAUGUCGAUGCGGACGCCUUUGGACGACUGCUAUGUCGAGGAACUCGAAGCGAUACCGGCUUCGUGCUACUAUCACCUACUGCAACACCGCAAGGCCAUGGGAACCCUGGCUGAAGCGCUUGCACUAGACCAGAUGCAUCAGUGCAAGGCAGAACGGGUACCGAGCAUGCCUGACGAGAAAUUAGUGUGGGUGUCCUGCACAGGCUGCCCCGCGUACACACUUCCUCGCGCGUUCUACAACCCUUUUGGAUUGCGAAAAUGGUGGUGCGAGUGGCUGCAGCAAGCAGCUCAGCUGCUGGGCAGUGUACCGUGCGGGAAGACCGUUCUUGACCAGCAAACUAUGCGCUGCGCCCUGAAAAGCGCGGCCACAUGCAAGACCUGUGGACCAACUGCGGCCUUUCAUUUGCAGCAUUUCUCCCAGAUUCUAUCAGCUAAGGUGGAUGCUAUGUUGCUCGACGAGACGUCUCAGCUAAUGGUUUUCUAGGCAAGCUCUAUCCUUGCCUAGUGAGAAAUAAAUGGUGUCUGCAUGUUUCUCCAUGUUAUCUUGGGCAUACAGCCAUCUCGCUGAAUGUUCGAUUUGAUUGCCUUGCGUCACAAUGCCUGUUCGAAAAUAAUCUGUCAGUGAACGCAGUGUCAUUUUAUCACAUGUACUGUCGAAUGCGCUUGUAAUUAUAUUCUUGCAUAGUGGUUUCUGUACAUAUAGACAGCUGGAU